AUGGUUUUUGGAGUCCAGGACAUUGCAUUAUUAGAACAUGGAUGCAAGGCCUUGGAGGUGGACAGUUACAAGUCCCUGCUGAUCCUGGGGAUCCCUGAGGACUGUAGCCACCAAGAAUUUGAAGACAUCAUACGUGCCCCCCUUAAACCACUGGGCAAGUUCGAAGUGGCUAGUCAGGGCUAUCUAGAGGAAGACAGAUCCAAGGCAGCUAUCAUUAGGUUGGCCGAGGACCUCAAUUACGACGUGGUUCCCAGGGAGAUCAAGGGCAAGGGCGGUAUGUGGAGAGUGGUCUACAUGCCCAAAUGGCAGGACAUCGAAUUCCUCACCAAGCUCAAUUUGUUCCUGCGGAAAGAGGGCAGGACGGUAGAGGAUGUGGCCCGCAUCCUCAGGCAGGAGCUGUGUCCCACCCCAGUAGGUCCGGGAGAGCCACUUUCUCUGGAGCGGGAGGAGACUGCAGACAAGGGGGGCACCGCCGUGGGGCAUGGGACGCCCCGUCUAAAGGGCCCAGCGAAGGAGAGCAAGGCUGAAGAGGGCAAGAAGAAAAACAAGAAAAGUCGGCGCCGACAGCAGGCUUCUGAUAAGAGGCUAUGA